AUGAGAGCUUUCUGGAUACUCCUGACCACUGGCGUCCUGGGGCUCUCUACGUCAGUGUUCGAGGCUUCUCCCACGAGCUACCUGAGCUCAAGGCGACAAGAUCCCUCCUUCAUGGAGACGCGUCGAGGGAUCACCCGCUGGUUCCGUCGAUACAUUGACGCCGAACGAGAACGCUUGCGUUCCAUCCGACGUCGCCUCGAUGUCCUUGACGUUGCCCGACGUUCCGCAGAGGGCGUGGACCCGGAAGAGUACCUAGGACUGCCCAUGAACGCGUUUCUCCUGAUCAAACGACUCGCUAAGGACUACGUCGAAGUUCUGCAGGACGCCAAGGACGAAACCAACACCAGACUUCUCAUGGACAUGAGGCCUGGUGGAAAGCGGGGAAAGCGAUUCCGGUUCCCGAAGCCCAAAGACAUUGCGAGGGCUGCGCAAGGCGUCUUAGAGUACCAUAAAGGCCACGCUUACUCGGCAAAAGACAUCGCUGCCGGACUCACGGUGGGGCCUGAAUCCAAGAUGCGUAACAUUGAAAUGAAGGCUCUGGAUUGCUUCCUAAUAGGGGUGAGGGCGUACGAGGUCAACGAUACGAUUACCUCUCGGGAGUGGAUGGAGGAGGCCCUGGAACGUUCGGACGAUCGCACAGCGGACGUUUCACGCGUGAACGAGUAUCUCGCUUACUUCAGUUUCUUGGACGGUGACUUGGACCUAGCCUUGAAGAUUACUGACGAAAUACUCGAUCACAAUCCGGAAAACGUGAAGGCGUUCUUGAACCUGGAAUACUACCAGACUGCUGGGAUUACGCUCAACAAGCCGGUUGCGACUCCUCUUCAAUUUUCGAGUUUUAGACUGAAGCGAACGUACGAGCCUUCGUGCAGGGUCGUCGGCCCCGUCAACACGUACCGUGACGGUGUGAGACGCGAGGACAUCUCCAAAGAUCCGCUGAUGACGGCCUACAGGGGCAUUUUGAACGAAAGGGAAACUUCAACUUUGCUGAAUUGGUUCAGCCACGGAGACGAGACUUAUAGGGGCGCGGCGAUCAAAGCUUUGUCCCAGCUAUCCAGGACAUUGGAAAGCCUGGUUGGACUCAAGAUGACCGAUUCUGUGAUAGAAUGGAAGGUACUGACCGCCUUCUGCGACUCCAGUACCUGGUUGAGUCCGGGACACCAACUUCGUGUCAAGCCUCUGGCGACUUGGUGGGUGUUCCUCGGAAACGAAAGCACCUACUACAACUAUAUGGACGUAAUAACGUCCAACAUUGACGUUUCCGCGACAACAUCAUUGUUCCGCCUGGCAAUGAUGGUAACACUCGUCAUUUUGUUCAGGUACCACAUCAACGACGACGGCUCUCGGGACAAAGAGCUCAUACCAUACCGCUGCACCUACGGUGAGCGUGUGAUCUUGUACAAGCGCAUCUUGCUCGAAGACCAGCCAAAGGGCGAUCGCUGGGAUAUCCACUGCCCCGGCGACUUUCUGACGGCGACGAAGGCCCAAGAUUGGUCCCUUCCAAGCAGCUGCAAAACGCCGCAGGUCCAUAAAGACGCCACUGUGAUUGUGUAG